GCGAAAAUAGAAGUUGGAAAUAGAUCAAUUAUGCAAGAUUAAGAUUUGGAGCGAUAUCCUAAAUCUAUUUAUGGCUUUCUUACAAAAAAGAUGGACUUAGAAGCACGAAAUUCCUGGAAGAAUGUACGUCAUUUAAUAAAUUGAAGACAUCAAAGAUUAAUUGUAGACGCAGCAAUUAUAGCCAUUAAAAAUUUUAUUAAGUGAAAACAGAUUAAAAGCCAUGUAUGAUAAUGAUUAGUUGGAUUCCUAAUACAUUAUUUCUAUAAUUAGUGAAGAGCACUUCAAGCCAAUGAUGGAUGAAUACACAAAUAAAGUAUUAAUUAAUGGAGCUAUGCCUCCACUAAUUAAAUUUGACUAAUAUAAUUAAAUUAGAAAUUAAAUAAUAGAACUCUAUAAAGUGUUUUUUUUUGGAGAUCCUUUAAGUUAAUUAGAAAGAGAGAUUGAAUUCAGAUAUCUAGCACUUAAAUAAAGUAAAUUCUUUAAGUACCAGAUGUAAUAAAGAUCAAAAGACAAAUGUUUAUGGACUCAUAGUUAAUAAAGAAGAGUUGAAUUGAUGAAAAAUUGGAUGGCAAGAGAUAUUAAUUUGUUUGAUGAUUUGAGACCCAUCUAUGAGCCAUUGUUAUUAAAUCAAAAGAUAAAAAUAUAUUAGCAAUUAUUGAAAAUUGAUGAUGCAUCUAUCAAAGAAAAAUUGCAAUUUCAUUUAAUUGAAAAGCAUACAUUAUAAAAAUCAAAAAGAAGACUAGUAACAAUAGCCCAAACACUAUUUACUAGAACUAUGCUAUACACUAAUUGCAUAGAAUUCCUAAGAGUCUUAGAUGUCCCUCCUGAUUUCCAUAUUGAAUUAUCUAUAAUUAAUAUUCAUAUUUGGUUGAUUUGCAAUAGACUGUAAUAGAUUAACACAAGAGAAUCAAAUAAUUUAGCCACUUUACUAUUUAAAGCCUGUGAUAGGCAUAUAGCUAAUGAAGUAGAUAAAAUUCAUCUUAGAAAAAAACACGAUUUAGUUAGGGAUAUUGAAGCCUAUAUGUAGACAGGUCGAAAGUAUUUGGAGUACCAUUUUAAUCGCAAUGUUAAAACUGUUAAGAAUAAUUACUUUAAAUUGGAUGCAUUGAUAUGGAGUAUUAUAUUCUUUGAAAAGAUCCCUAGAUAUAGUGAUAAAGUAUUCUUAGUAGCUGAAUACAUCAAAUCAAAUUAUGAUUUCUUAAACACUUUACCAUAUGAAUCAUUUGAGGAUUGUAUUGUAGAAUUUGAUACUUUCAAAAUGAGAAUAGACUACAAGACUUAGUUGCUCUAAGUAAACCCUCCUCUCUCAGAGGUAGAAUUUGAAUAAGAAUUCUUAUCAGACAAUAAAGUUAAGAAAUAUUAUUACUCAUUCGAAGAUUAGGAAAAUAAAGUUAUAGAGCUUCCAAAAUUUGAGUCUGAAAUCAAAUCUCUGUUAGAAAGAAGAUUAGAUGUCUUGGGAGAAAAUAUUAGAUAUAUCAUAAAGAAAUACUAAAAUUUAGAGACAUUUGAUCACUUUUCAACUCAUGAAGAAUAGAUAAAAUAAGAAUAAAAGAAGCAAAAAUACAUUUGGAAUACAUAAGUAGAAAGAGAUCCAGAGGACUUGAGAAAACUAAUAAAGCAAAGAAGAAUUUAAUAAAACAAUAUGUGA